GUUGUGACGACAGAGCCAUCUGUACUGUCAUUGCUUUAAAUUCACGCUUUUGUCAACUCAUUGAUUGAUUGAUUGAUUGUUUGCAUUAAUUUGGUGUUAAUUGUGAUCAUAAUUAGCACUAUAUUAGAGACAUACGAAUCAUCACUUGAAUCGGUUCCAGUUUAUCGGCUAUCGUUGCUUAUUGUCAUCUAAAAGAUUGAUUAUAAUAUCUAUUAAAUCAUUAACAAUGAGAGGCGGAUUCAAGACAUCUGAAUUUAAACGCUUGCCAUCGACUGUCACUCCAAUCAAUUAUGACAUCACUCUUAAGCCUAAUCUCAAGAGUUUAACAUUUACUGGAAGUGAAAGCAUUAAAGUCAAAGUGAAUGAAGAAACAAAACAAAUAAUAUUAAACGCAAAUGAAUUGAAUAUUAGUUCCGCUUCUUUUACUACUGAAAGUGGCAAAACACUCAAUUCUGAGAAGAUUGAAYUGUUGGCUGACACAGAAACGGUUUAUUUGAAUUUCAGUGACUCUUUGACACCUGGAAGUGGACUCUUGACAAUUGUCUUUAACGGAACACUUAAUGAUAAACUGAAAGGCUUUUACAGAAGCAAAUACACGACUCCUGAAGGGGAGGAAAGGUAUGCGGCGACCACACAGUUUGAAGCAACUGACGCCCGCCGAGCAUUUCCUUGUUGGGAUGAACCGGCUAUUAAAGCCACGUUUGACAUUACUCUUGAAGUGCCUAAGAAUCGAGUGGCCCUUUCAAACAUGAAUGUCAUAUCUGAAAACGAUUCUAAAGAUGACGAAAGUCUUAAAGUGGUUAAAUUUGCCACUUCUCCCAUUAUGUCUACAUAUUUAGUAGCAUUUAUUGUUGGUGAAUAUGAAUACAUUGAAGACAAAUCUGCUGAUGGCGUAUUAGUUCGAGUCUAUACACCAAUUGGAAAGAAGGAUCAGGGAGUGUUUGCUCUGGAAGUGGCCACUAAAACACUUCCAUUUUAUAAAGAAUAUUUCAAUAUUGCUUAUCCAUUGCCUAAAAUGGAUUUAAUAGCGAUUGCUGACUUUGCGUCGGGUGCUAUGGAAAAUUGGGGUUUAGUCACUUACAGAGAGACUUGUCUCUUAGUUGAUCCACAAAACACUUCUUUAAACAGAAAACAAUGGAUUGCAUUAGUUGUGGCACAUGAGUUAGCACAUCAAUGGUUUGGCAACUUAGUCACUAUGGAGUGGUGGACACAUCUUUGGCUUAAUGAAGGAUUUGCAUCUUUUAUGGAGAACUUAUGUGUCGAUCAUUUGUUUAGCGAAUAUCACAUAUGGACUCAAUUUGUUUCCGACACAUACACACCAGCACUUGAAUUGGAUGCACUCCACAACUCGCAUGCAAUUGAAGUACCAGUUGGUCAUCCAUCAGAAAUUGACGAAAUUUUUGACGAUAUCUCUUAUAAUAAGGGAGCGACUGUUAUUCGUAUGCUUCAUAGGUUUAUUGGUGAUGAGAUGUUUCGCAAAGGAAUGAAUAUUUAUUUGGAUCGACAUAAGUAUAAAAACACUUUAACUGAAGAUUUGUGGACAGCAUUACAAGAGGCCAGUAAUAAACCAAUCAGAGAUGUGAUGAGCACUUGGACUAAACAGAAAGGAUAUCCAGUCAUAACAGUCACUUCAAGACGUGAUGGAAAUUCACUAAUUUUAAAUUUAACUCAAGAAAAGUAUUGUGCGGAUGGAAAAUUGUCACCAUCUGAAUCAUCUGCAUUGUGGAUGAUUCCUAUAUCAAUAAUAAAGGGUUCCGAUCCUAACAAAGUAGCCGUUGAGACACUUAUGGACAGCAAAACACUUGAAAUCGAAAUACCAAACGUAGCCAACAAUGAAUGGAUUAAAUUGAAUCCGGGAUGUGUUGGUGUAUAUCGAGUCAACUUCACCAGAGCUGUUGAAUUGCUUUUGCCAUCAGUUACCGAUAAGACUUUGCCGCCAUUGGAUCGAUUGGGUCUUCAAAAUGACUUAUUUGCUUUGGUUCAGUCAGGACAGGCGUCAACUGUAGAUGUCUUGAAAUUAAUGGAUGCAUUUGCUAAUGAAGAUGAUUAUACUGUUUGGAACUCAAUUAAUGGAUGUCUUGGAAAACUAAAUCUACUGUUGGCUCAAACAGACUCAAUGACACAAUUUCAUGAGUUCGGUCGUCAAUUAAUAUCAAAAAUAUUUUCGCGUCUCGGAUGGGAACCAAUUAAAGACGAAACUCAUUUGAAUACUUUGCUUAGAAGUUUACUAAUUAACCGAUUGGCAACAUUUGARUGUCCGGAUGUAAUAUCACAGUCUAAGAAACUAUUUGAUUCUCAUUGCAACGGAACCUAUGUUAUUGCUCCAGACAUCAGAGCUGCAGUUUAUCGGGCCGUUGCUAUUGAUUGCGACGACAAAACUUUUGAAGCAUUGUUUAAACUCUAUCGGGACACCGAUUUACACGAAGAAAAAGAUCGCGUGUCGAGAGCAUUGGGAUGUGUUAAGGAUGCCAAUCGUAUCGCUAAAGUACUCGAUUUUGCGCUAUCGACUGAAGUGAGGUCUCAAAAUUCGGCGUUUGUCAUCAUAUCGGUGGCGAUGACCAAAAAUGGUCGCGACAUUGCGUGGGAGUUCUUCAAACAGCACAAGGAUGAGAUCAAAAGCCGAUAUGACGGCGGCUAUAUUGUUAGUCGUCUCGUUAAGUAUUUGUCGGAGAACUUCACAACAGAAGAGCGUCUCCAAGAAGUGGAAGCAUUCUUUAAUCAAAACCAAUUUCCUGGGACUGAACGUACAGUUCAACAGUCAUUAGAGACAAUACGUUUGAACAUUGAUUGGUUGGCUCGCGAUCUCUCGCAUAUUCAAGAGUUUUUGGCCAAUAGAUCCUAAAUAUGACUUCGAGUUAUAAAUUUAAAUGUUAUUCUAAUCAAACUUUAUAUCAAUUAAUAAACGGAUAAUUUUUACAAAUAUUUUGAUACCAAAUGUUAUCAAUUUUUUAAAUCUGAAUAAUGCUUUACAGACAAAUAUUACAU